AUGCAAGAAGAAGAAGAAUGUAAUGAAGAUGACGGGUGCGCGCUGGUACAAAUCCCCGAACGACGAGAUGCGGAUGCUAGUGUGUUCGCGGACGUGCUGCCUAACGAGCGCCUGCUCCGACUGCUCAAGGAGGUCAGUACGCCGUGUGCUGCGGUACGCAAACGGCGCGGAAUCAUGGAACGAGAAGAGUACGUCUCGAUGAUGCGCAGCACCAACCCCGAGCAGUACGAGUUGCUGCGCGAGAUUCUGCACCGUCAGACCACGCCGGGGCAGCCUCCGCUGCGGGUCUUCUUCACGGGCCCCGCGGGUUGUGGCAAGACCUUCGUGCUCAAGCUCGCCAUGGACGUGUAUAACCGCUGUGCGGACUGCUGCAGUGCCGUUGGUUGGGAAGACGGCUUCUCCUCAUCCGUCCCUUCCGUCUACAACGCGUACGUGAUCUGCGCCAGUACGGGAAAAGCCGCCGUUGCUGUGGGUGGAACCACCGUCCACAGUGCCUUCAAACUCGUGCGGGCUGCCCGUGGAAACCGACAGGACGCCCACCUCGGAGUCAUGGGGGACGGUGGACUCCGACCUAGUGACCUGAACACCUUCCGGUGUGCCUUCCGCAGAGUCAAGUGCGUCAUCAUACACGAAGUCAGUUUGAUGUCCGCCGACCAACUCAAACUGGUUGAUUGCCGUCUGCGCCAGAUCACGCAGCGACUCACCGAACCCUUCGGUGGACUGGACGUCAUCCUCUGCGGGGACCUGCGGCAGUUGCAGCCCUCCGACGUCACCUUCUCCGCGGUCCCCACCAAGAUCGGGGACGGCCACGCGCUCGAGCCCGAAGAAGUAAAGCUUCUCGAAUCCAGGCUCGUCACGGUCGAGGAAGCCGCCGAGCGCGCGCCCUCGGCCGUGCGCAUCUUCUACUCGAACGCCGAUGUUACGCGUUUCAACAAGACCGGGGCCCGUUCGCAGGACGACUUCGUGGUGCCUCGCGCGCGUGAUCGGUACCUCGAUUGCAAGACGCCGCAUUUUCUCGAGAUUGCCAAGCGCAGGGUUGCCCGCAUGGUUCCCAGCGAGUUUGCAAAUCUGCCCGGGGAAGUCAUGGCCGUGGUUGGCAAGCCCUACAUGAUGACUCAUAACAUCGAUCUCGUGGAUGGUCUGGUCAACAGUGCGGUUGGAGCCUUGCGCCUGUGUGAGCUCGCCGGCCCGUUGCUCGAUGAUGGAGAAGGAGUGGAUGAAGAAGGAGAAAGAGAGAAGGAUGAAUAG